UGUAUGAUUUUCAACAUCUGAACGAUUAUCAAUGAUUUAUAAGUUUUUUUUUUUUUAUUGAUUUUUCUAUGAAAUUUUAAUUUUUUGUUAUUAGAUUAUUUGUUCUUCCUUAUUAUGAAUUAGCUAUUGUUGAACAAAAUUUAUUACUUAAUAAACGUCAAAAAGAUGAUAGAGAAAUGAAAAAUAAGAAAAUAAAUCUUUAA